UAUGCAAAUGUAAUUAUACAAACAAACAAGAAAGAGUAAACAAAAAAUGGUAAUACAUAUUCACAAAAAAUACUACUAUGUUACGAUGCAAUACUUACGUCUCGACAGCAAAUGUUAUUUGUAGGUAUUAAUACCGUACAGGUAUUAGAAAUAUGAAAUUAUUUUAACUCGACCGAUCAAUCGGAAACGUGGUUAAAAUAAGGUUAAAUUGAAUUCAUAGGUUAAUUUCAUUUAGCAAAGUCAACUUAGCAAUUCAAGAAUAAUAUCCAGCCGCGUUGUUCUGCAAGUUGAAAAAGGACAGAACUGAUUUAACCGACCCUUAUUUUAUUUUCACUUUUUAAUUCAAAUUUUAGUGCCGUCAGUCGCCGGUCAGCCAGUUGCAGCGCUACCUGCGUAACGCGGUAACAAGGACGCCCAUAUGAUUGCCACCUCUCUUAUUUUACUUACUCUAUGCCACAGAACAUACCCCCAUACACACAUAGGGGGGAUAUUUUGUGCUCUAUGCUACUCACUAUGACGUAGAGAUCCACCUAACCUCUUGUGUAAAUAUUUGUUUUAUUAGAUUUAAAUUUAUCAAGUAGUUUUAACAAUGGAAAACGAUUUUGUUUUUGUCGAGUACUUAAGCAACAUAAAUACGGCCGUCAAGCACACCUUCCAGUCGAUGCAAAGAGUCAAACUAAGAUGUUUCGACGUAUCGUCAACCUACUUGGUUUUCGGCGCUUCAAGUGGCGGCAUUUAUAUUUUCAAACGGAAUCCCUACGAGUUUAUAAAACUUAUUCCAAGCAGGGAUGGCCCGACAAAGUUGAUUGCGAUUUCGCCAGAUGAACAUCACAUUAGCGUGGUGUGCGCUACAGGACUGAUAUUGAUCCUGCAGAACUUCAUUGAGGAUGCAAACACACAAACUCAAGUGUUCAACGAACAUGAAGGCAAGCAAGUAACUUACAUCAAGUGGCAUAGGAACGAGCUGUAUGUAGGGGAUGAGACUGGAAAAGUAUCAGUGGUUUCAGUAGUAGCUGCUUUGUUCCAAAUCCCGUCUGCCGCUCUAAUGACUAUAGUUUCACCCAUUGUGCAAAUAGAUGCAUAUGAAUCUCUUCUGCUAGUCUCUACCCAAGAAAAGACGUACUUAUGUAAUACCGACAAAGAGACUUAUGUACAGAUAGGCAAAAAGCUUCGGAGCGGAUGUUUUGGCGCGUGUUUCUCUGCAUCUUCUAAUGAAUCAGCUGAAAUGAAUUCAGUGCACAACACCAGAAAAGCGUUCCAAUCAGUUAAGGAAAACGAGUUGCUGCUUACUGGUGACCAUCACUUGAACACGAAGAUAUUCUGUGCGCGCCCUGGGGCUCGGCUGUGGGAGGUGGGAUUGGAUGCCAAAGUUAGGGUUACGCACCAAUUUAGAGAAGCUUUAAGUGAGGAAUCGUCUAGUGUUCUUAUUAUAGGCUGUGAAGAGGAGUCAGUUCUCCAAAAGACACAACGUGACACUAAGCAGACGGUACCACAUUCUUUUAACUUUUGCCGCAUAUAUCCAGUUUGCGAUACAUUUGUGCUCACAUACGACUCAAAGAGGUUGUAUAUUUUCGAUCCUGGGACAAGUAAACUGGUGUAUUGGACGACUUUUUCCUCCGGCAUUAAGCAAGUGGCAAUUGUUAACAAUGAGUUUUACAUUUUGAAGAAUAAUUUGAACAUUAUUGUUUUGUCAGUAAUUCACCUAGAACGUCUGAUAUUGACAACGUUGUACAAAAAACAAUUCUAUCUGUGCAUGGGCCUCUGCAUAGAGUUCAAAGAGAAGAUUUUGCAAAUGCUAGAAAGCUCCAAAAAGCUCUUUCUUCUAUCGCUGCUUAAGAGCAAAUUAAAUAGUGGCGAAUUGGAAUACAAAACUAUGCAAUGUAUUUUCGAGAAAAUUCAAGCAACCAAUGAGAAAAGAUGCUCACGACCGCAAACGGGCCAUAUUGUCCCAGUGGAAAACCUGCACACCAAUGAGGCAGAUUGCUUAGCAGUUAACAAAGUCCACGUGGAGGACGAAUUGGGCCACUUUAAUCUGCUUAUGAAGCAAUUCAAGCUGAACAAAACACAUCAGACCAUCGAAAUUCCAGAAGUGCGCAAAUAUCUUCAAGCUGUUAACGCCGACGAGUUGUUCGAAUUGUUGAAACAGUUCAGCGACCAUGUAAACAAGAAGUUCGGGGAGAACGCAACCGAGUGGUGCCAGCAUCAAUAUUUGAAGCUCAUUGCCAGUCGGUGCAUGUUCGUUGAGGACUUGCCAAAUGAGAACUGUGAAUUUUUGACUGAGGCACUGAUCAAGGCAAAUGAGGCAAUUAAUUUUUCAUGUUCCUGUGGGUAUCCUUUGCCUAAAUGCCACAAACAUCCUCCGAACUUUUAUAAGACUGCCCUGGAAAUACUGCAGGGACAAAGAAAUAAAGAUAGCAUUUUACAAAAAAUUCCGUAUUUAUGGAGAUACCGGUUGAAGACUGAGCUUUAUGGUUUAAACAUGACUGCCCUGUUACAAUACAGCAACCUGGAACUGUUUAUUGAGCACACAAAACAACUUACAUAUGAUGGCUGGCACGACAUUUUAGGGUAUUUUGUAAAGCUUAACAGAGGUGCGUGUUUGAAUUGCGAUAAGUCAAUAGAUACCGAAUUGAUGUUCACUUGGACUCAGGUGGGCAAAGUAUGCAUACAGUCGUUGGGAGCCAAGAACACCCUGAGAAUUAUGGAAAAAUACGACCAAAUGAUACCCAAUGGGGCUCUGGACGUGUCAUUUUACCAAACUUGCGUGUUUUCCCACAUUUCGGUUAAUGCUAAUAGUACUAGUAAAAUCAAAGCUGAAGCACCGUCCAGAUUUCUCGAGGAUUUGGACGAAAUGUCUAAAUUGCAGUUCCAGGAAGGAUUGGCCAAGUACUUCCAACGAAAAUAUUCAGCUGAGAAAAAUUCGUGUUUUGACUUUGGCUUAGAUAAUUCAGGGGUGUGCCUUCUGUGCAAGUUGCCAUUGAAGAACGCCAUUUUAUUUGAAACAGAUGUGGCGAAAGGUUGCGACCACCAGUUCCAUAAGUUCUGUUUAGAGAGGAAUGGUCAGCACAAGAGCCGUUUAAAUCUAACUUUUGAGGAUACCCCUGAGGCUUGAACCAAUGACAACCACCACAUACCCAUAACGUAAAUAAAACUAUAUAAUUUA